AUGCUGCCCCAAUCGACUCACUUAGCAUCUCGGCUGGCAGGUUAUAAACGUAUCAUCCUUUGUGCGGACGGAACCUGGCUUGCGUCCGACUUGGGAGAUGCAUCUGUGCCUUCCAACGUCGCGAGAAUUGCUCGCACUAUCGCACCAAGCGGCCCGGACUCCCAUGGCAAUCUCGUUCAGCAAAUUGUCUCAUAUCAUUCUGGACUGGGAGCUGGAGAGCUCCCUUUCCAGAAGGCCAUUUAUGGUGGUAUUGGCUGGGGUUUGGACAAUGAAGUCUGUCAGAUCUACGAUUUCAUCUCCAACAAUUACGUUCAAGGCGACGAGCUGUUCUUUUUUGGAUUCUCUCGCGGCGCCUUUACCGUCCGCUCCGUGGCCGGCCUUGUCUCCGAAAUAGGCGUGCUCUCAUCCCAGCACAUGUCGCACUUCCCCGAAAUGUGGAAGGCUUACCGGGAGAAUACGGGCGGACAGCCCUUCCAGAAGUCUACUUGGUACCAGCAGAAUCAAGGCAAGCUACGAUUAAAGAAUGAUGUCCGCAUCAAAGUAGUUGGCGUUUGGGACACAGUUGGGGCUUUAGGAAUCCCUAAUUGGCCACUGGUGGAUAUGGCUUCGAAAGUGGGUAUCAAUCUUUCAAAGCAGUACGCAUUUCACAACACAAAUGUGUCAGAAAAUGUAGACUACGCCUUUCAGGCCCUAGCGAUCGAUGAGAGACGGCUCACCUUUCCACCGACCCUUUGGCACAGAACUCAAGAUGCGCCGGCCAAGGAGCUACAGCAAUGUUGGUUUCCCGGCGUACACCAGAAUAUUGGUGGUGGAGCUCCAGAUCGUGAAAUUGAGGAUAUCACAUUUGCGUGGAUGGUGGACAAUCUGUCGGGAAUGCUGACUUUUGAAAAUGUGAUAAUUGAGGAACUAAUUCAGCAACACCGGGCUGCGCGGACUGAACGUAACGCCCUCGGCCAGGGAGCCGAUGACUGGGGCUGCGGGUACAUUAGGUCCAACUUUGCGGGUCUGCAAGGUGCGUUCUUCCGGGGACUGGGGAAACAGGACCGCACGCCAGGCAACUAUUCGCAGCUCCCAGGAGAUGAUAAGAGCGCCCACAGCACUAAUGAAUACUUCCAUCCAAUCGUCCGGAUAAGGAAGACCAAUUUCUCUCCCGGUUAUUCUCCAGCUGCACUGGCUGGAUUUGUGAUCGAGGGACCAGGUGGUGAUGGUGGUGGCCAAACCGGCUGGCGAUGGAUAAAAAAUGGCAUUUCACCGGGGCUACCAGAGUAUGUUUUGCACCCGGAUAAGAAGAUGACUGUAACGCAUGAUUUGGAUUAUGUGACUCGGUCCAGCUUAUCCAGAGCUCUGUGUCCAGAGAGCCUGUUGGUAGACCUCGAUCGGCAUAACCAUGUCCACUAA